CUUGUCCUCCCAUAACACAGACAUAGCGACAGGAGAGGAGUCAAGAUAUCAACAUAAACCAGCUGUUUCCAGCUCUGAUUGCCUCAUGCGCUCACUGUAGUUGAAGAAGAAAGUCAGAUCCAGGAGCCAAGUGGCUGGUCGUCCCCGGGACCAUGAAGCUCAGCGUGGCGUUGUUUUUCGCAGGGCUCUUUGGGGCGUUGGCAGCUGUGUUCAUCCUCCUCUCGUUUGGAACUGAUUACUGGCUGCUGGCCUCCGAGAGUUGCCAUCCGAACCCGGAUGGAUCUGUCGGUCCGGAUGGAGUGACCGUAGAGGUGGGUGUUGGACUUCAGUCACAGCGCGGAGAUGUGGUGAUGGAGGACGGCGCUAGUGAUGUCACUCUAUAUCAUGAAGGUUUUUUCUGGAGGUGUUCGUUUGGAGGCAACGUAGGUGACGACAACCUGUUGUGGAAGCUCUGGUUCACAAAUCAGCCUCACUCGAAGAUUUGCAUGCACGCCUACCUCUUCCCAUUUCCUGUGUCUCAUCAGACCCACAAUGCCACGGAGUAUGAAACGGCCAUCAUCUACAGAGGUUUCUGGAGCAUCUUCAUGCUUAUCGGCGUGGCAGCUGUCGUGCUCGGCGGGUUCGUCAUCAUCUGUGCUGCUCCGUUCGCCAGCCCCCGGUUGUAUAAAGCAGGCGGCGGCCUCUUCCUGGCCUCCGGCCUGUUCCUGCUCUGUGUGGUGGUGAUGUACGUACUGUGGGUGCAGGUGUUGGGUGUGGUGGAUGUCUACGUAGACCACCAGCGCUCUACACUGUGUCCAGACUUCCAGCUGUCCCUCAACUACGGGCUGUCCUUCAUGUUCGCCCCCGUCGGCAUCUUCUUCUGCCUCCUGGCCGGCCUUCUCUUCCUCCUCAUUGGCCGAACCAUCCAGAUUAACUACCACUGACUUUAAGCAGCAGCAGGUUAGAGAACGCGUGGGGGCGUGAGAUGGUUGGAGUGUUUUUGAGUUUGUUCCAGGAUUAAAAGAAAUCACUGCAACCACUGCUGAGUUUAGAAAUGGCAUCAUCAUCACUCCAGCCUGAGCUACGUCAUAGUACAUACAGUUAUGUGCUAUUCUCAAUACGCCACUGCCAACCGUCUAAAUACCUGUGGUGCACAACACUGUUGUUUCUUGUGUGUUGAUUGUGAGGGUUAUGAGACCUAUAUGGGUAUAGGUUCAGAAAGUUCUAAAUUAAUCACAUUUUAAUGAAUGAUGUUGUUAAUUGGAGCAUUUUUUGGUUGGGAAAUAUUGUUCCCUGGUUGAACAAGUUAUUCUUCUAUAUCUUGUGUAUGGCGUUAAAAAUAAUAAUAAAAUAAGUGCAGAGCAAAAGGCUUUUUGAAUAUUCUGCAUGUACAGUAAUGGGUGUUUUUUGUGUGGUAAAGAACACUGGCAGCAGCUUUUUGUGCAGUCAAUUUAAAAGCUGAUGAUAUUCUACAUUUCUGUGUGAAAAGACCGAAUUCAAGCUCACAAAUUUACAUUGAAGACAUUGAAUUUAAAAGUGGAUUAAAAUGAAACCCCUUGACAAAAAAGGCUGAGUAAGUUUCUCAAACAGCGUGGCACUAGUGUUCUUCCUCAAACAGGAUAGCGCAUUUGUAGUGGGACAAUUUUUUUUCGCUGUAACCUAAUACGCAUUUUAUAUUCUGGUGAGUAUUUACAAGAGCAGGACAGCACAUUUGUAUCAACUCAGUAUUACCUGCACCCCGCUAAAGAAAGGCGACACACCUUGUUGUUCUGUUGUAACGGAAAAGAAACGCUCUGGCUUGUUUGUAUUUUUUUUAAAGCGAAGCCAUUCAACAAUGUCUUCACUAAGUACUGUAGAUGUUGCAGAUAGCAGGUAGAUGGCCGAUAGUAGGCUCAUAAACCUCAUCACUUCUUCAACACUUCAUCCGGUAAAGUAGGAACUACAGAGCUAUGCUCAUCAUAAGAAAGGGAACAUGCCAAAGGCCUUUAGGCCUUGAUCUGAAGCGAGGGUCAAAAAAACGCAAAAGUAUACUUACAUUUUUUGUUUUUUUUACCAUUAACCAGUUUCUGUGUUCACAUCUUAUUCUGUUUCAAAAUUGAGUUUGAAGCAUUAUUUAAUGUUCAAUAUUGUUUACUGUAUGUGUUGAGUAUAUGUGUUUCAUGUUCAUCUUGUUGGGUUUCUGUCUUCUGUUUCUUCUGGAAACAUGUUGUGAGAUUCUGACACCAUAUCUGUCCAAAUGUAGGUUUUUUUCUGUUUUCUGUCUGCUAAUGAAAAUGAUUAGACAAAGGCAAGAACAUAA